GCGGCGGGCCGGACAGGCGGCGAUGUUCAUUUUGUUUACCUAAGCUUAGGAAGAACACGCAUUUUAUUUGUUCCGCCGCGCAUUGCAGAAAUCGUAUUUUUGAAUUGUUUAAAUUCAAAGGUAAGCAGUGUUUGUUAAUAUCGUCACGUUAAUAUUGUCACGAGUGAUUUGUUUACGUAGGUAUGUAUUAGUUGAUUUUUGUUUUAGGUACCUACAGGUGUUUUUGACAUGGCUUCUACUUCAUCUGGCAAAAAGCGCACUUAUAAAGAAGCAUUUCUACAAUGGGGUUUCACAAGCAUCGUAGACAAAAAUAUAGAAAAGCCUCAGUGUGUUUUAUGUAAUAAAGUGCUUAAUCCAGAAAGCAUGAAACCGAGCAAAUUAAAAGAACAUUUUGCUAAAGUUCACAAGGAGUUCGCAGAUAAAAAUAUAGAUUUUUUUAAGAAAAAGGAGAGGAUUCUGAAGUCUUCCCGCAUGGAUUCUACAGGCAAUAUACAGAAAGCAAAUGAAUCAUGCCUUCAAGCUUCAUACAAAAUUGCUUAUCGCAUCGCACGUAAUAAAAACCACACACUAUAGGAGAGGACCUCAUCAAACCUUGCUUGUUAGAUGCAGUAGCACUUGUUAUUGGUGAGCAACAUGUAGCUAAGAUUAAACAAAUCUCACUCUCAAACACUACUAUUCAAAGUCGCAUAUGUGAAAUGAGUGCCGAUAUUCUAGCAACCGUUAUUUCUGAAAUAAAGGAUAGUCCUAUGUUUGCGCUGCAGUUGGACGAGUCCACAGAUGUUGCUUCGUGUUCACAAUUAUUGGUGUUUACACGAUACAUUAAAGAUGAUGAUGUAAAGGAGGAAUAUUUGUUCUGCAAGUCUUUGCCUACUACUACUCGCGGCGAAGACGUAUUUCAAACGCUAAAAGAGUUUAUAGAGGAAAAUGGCCUAGACUGGUUAAAGCUGAUUGGUACUUGUACAGACGGGGCGCCUUCCAUGAUGGGCAUCCGUUCUGGUUUUCAGGCACUCGUGAAGCAAGUUGCUCCUCAAGUUUUCGGCUAUCAUUGCUUGAUACACCGUUACGCUUUGGCUGUGAAAACGCUUCCACCAGAUUUGCUAAACACGUUGAGUGACAUAGUAAAAAUUGUUAAUCAUAUUCGAGGCAGCGCCACUAACUCAAGAUUAUUCAAAGUUUUGUGCGAUGAAGUUGGUGCUACAUUUAAUGCUCUUUUGUACCAUACAGAGGAUAAAAUCGCAAGUUUUUUGCGCAAAUUGGAACUUUACCAACGCAGAGUUCAAGCUGGUGAUGUGUCAAUGUUUACACAGCUAAGUGAGCAAUUAGCAAAUAAUAAUACAUACAAUAAAUAUAAACAAGAGAAAAUCACGUUUGAAAAUUCCGUGGUUCAACAUUUAACUGCCGUGAUAGACUCACUGCAGCAAUAUUUUCCGAACAUGGACAGUCGUGAGUCCUACUCCUGGAUUUUAAGACCAUUUUCUACUUGCGUCGAUAUUUUCAAGGACGAAGAUGUGUCAGCGAAAGUAGAGUUUCUCGGGCUGCGUGAGAAUAACUCAUUGAAAGUUGAUUUUCAAAAUGAUAAACUAAGCACAUUUUGGCGAAAAGCAGCUGCAGAAUAUCCCAUUAUAGCUGACAGAGCUUUAAAAAUGUUGAUUCCAUUUGCUACAACUUACAGAUGUGAAACUGGUUUCUCAACUCUUGUUACAUUAAAAACAAAAGCCAGAAACCGUCUGAAUGUUGAGCAUGACAUGAGAUGCGCGUUGAGUGAAACCGAACCUAAUAUUGUCAAACUUGCGAAUGCAAAGCAAUUUCAACCUUCACACUAGUUAACUCCAAGAUUUACAUAUUACUUUACUUGACUAGUUACCUAAACGUGCAAUUUCUUAGAAUUUAGUUAGAUAAUAAACAUAUUUUCGUUCGAA